ACCAGUUAUUAGAAAUGAUUAGUAAUAAGUAAUAACUAUCUUACUAGUCUGAUGUUAUUAGUCCCAACUGUAGUUCCAAUCACUGCGGACGUUUGGUCAAAUGCAACGCCAAAUCGAAGUGUUUCAUCAAUAUGCACAACAAUGGUAUGCAUUCAAUCGCAAUGAAUUGACAACGAACAAUCGACCGCCCAAUGUGAACAAUUUCACGCUUGUUCCAUUAUGUCGAUUCCAGCUGAAAAAUAUUCGAUUGGAUAUGAAAGAUAUGUAUUAUUUGGCGAAUAAUGUACUAGGAGUGGUGCCCAGUUCUCUCAAUCCGUUGACCAAUCGAAUGAACUUAUACAGCUUGGAAUAUUACAGAAACGGCCAUAAAGAAGAAUUGUGGAAUUUGGUUUUCGACAUGGACAAAAUCAAACAGAUCGGCAAGCAGAAGCAAUUGCACUUCCAAAUCGUCACCAAUAGUGUUUGCGUGUCAAUACUGUACGAAAAACCGGCGAAAGCUUGGGUGGAAAAUUCGGAGCAGGCCACAUUUAACAACAUAACCAUAACGCGCGAACGCGCCGCGACAUCAAGUCAAACGUCGAGGAAAACAUUGAAAUACCGAAUCCACGGUUCCACUGGCAGACUGAACAGAAAAAGCGAGAUCGAAAGGCUGAUCGGUUGACCUGGUGGUUUGUUGAAGAAGAACAAAUGGAUUUUAGGUCGUACCCAGUGAUACCAUCACCGCGUGGAUCAACGUGGAAAUCGUACAUUCAGCAUCGCAUCAAAAUGCUACGAAUGGGAAUGCAAGCAUAUGCGACUCGAAAAUAUGCACGAAUGGAUCUCGAUCAUCACAUCAAGUCAACCAAAACGUGUGAUAAUGUUGCCAUGUGGAUAACGAAGAACAAACCGUCUUGGAUUUUUAUCGGUGCUGGAGAGAUGGCACCAGAUCGGCCAUGGGGUAUAAAGAAGCGGAAAAGAUGCCCGGGAACGCCUAAAUUGGCGACCAGCUUCAAGAAACAAGAGCACACAGAAGUCAGUUUCGAAGAUGAAUGGGGAACAUCAAUAACGUGUGCCAAUUGUCAGGAGCGAUUUCCAAGAGAAACCAAAAAUCAUCGAUUCAAAAUUUGUCUUAAUUGCAAACCGAAACCGAUUGUUGGACUCCAACCAAUAAUUGUGACGAAUAUGAGCCGACAAGAGCUGAAGAAAGCGAGAAUUGUAGAGCGAGCAAUUAAUUAAUGAUGCUGCACCAGAAGACAUGAUUGUGCACACAGUCAUUUGGCACCGUGACAUUGUUGCCGCAAAGAACAUC